AUGAUCUUGGAAACCUUCACAGAAGAUGGUGUGAACCACAAUCUCAUGGAAUUGCUGCUGUCCGUAUUGGAAAUGGAUCUCUUCAAUAUGGAGGGUUGUGAUGGCCUGAACACUAGCACGUCUGCCGUUGAGGAAGAUGAACACAAUAAUCGUUCGUCGCUUUCAAUGAGAAGGUUAGAGGAGAUUUAUCAGAUUUGA